GAUCAACUCGCAAGAAGGCACAGAACGACGACGACGAGGAGAAGCGCAACAAGAAGCAGGAGACGAAUCCAGUGUGUGGGGAUUCAAUCCAUUGCCUCUGCUGCGGCCCCCCGGUCCCGUUGCGUCCAAUUCCUGCCCUCUGAUGCGGUAGUUUGCAGGCCAGAAAGAAAUUUCGAGCUGCUGUGCACAAAGGGGAGGCGUGGGAUUCAUUCAGGUUCAUGUAAUGGCCGGGAGAAGCCCACCUCGGCACAGACACGAUGGAUCGUCGCCCCUACCUCUGGGGAUGGACGCCAGCCCUGCCCCUGCUCGUUGGGUUUGUCCCUGAACCUCUCUCGCUGGAUCUGAUUGCCACGAACGGACCACAGACUGUGUGGCCGCAUGAUCCUCGCACAGGCUGGAGCUAUUGUGUGUUUAUUCCAUCGUGGGUGGCUGUUCCCGAGGGAAAAGAAUCUGAUGGAAAAGCCAUCAACCCCAAAGUGUUCUUCGAAGUACAAGUCGGUAUUCAGUCUCCAGAUGGCAUCAGCACAUUGCGACCAAUUCUUAGAAGGUUCAGCGAUUUUCUAAAGCUGCAUGCUGCGGUAAAGAAAUUGUUUCCAAAGAAGAAGCUACCAGCAGCUCCUCCUAAAAAUUCAUUGAUGAGGAUCAAUUCAAACCAGGCUCUUCUUAAGGAGAGAAGACAUACUUUGGAGGAUUGGAUGGGAAGGUUACUCGCUGAUAUCGAUAUCUCCCGUAGUGUACCCCUGGCCUCAUUCCUGGAGCUGGAGGCUGCAGUCCGAUCUGCAAUCUCAGAAAGGCAAUCGCAGCUGAGUGUGACCAGCAGCAUUCCAUUGCAAUCCACUUCUAAACUUCGCUCUGGAGUAUCCUGGACUGGAGGUGGUUCCUCAGUAGUAUCUCACGGUUACUCUACUUUGGAUUAUGGAAGUGAUGCGACCUACGAGAACUCCGUCGUAGGCACUCCAAGCAAAGGCAGUGAAGGUGAAUUGGAGGCAGAAAUGGAAGCUCUGGCUCUUGAAGAACAGACUGCUAGUAUUGCUGCAGCAAUAGAGAGUAGAGAGAAUCAGCAGCAAGAGAAGAUCACUUCAGUGGGGUUGAUCAGUAACAGUAGUGAAAGAGUUGGGAUGGGGAUGCAGACUCGAGCAGUGUUUAUGGAUUACGUCGCAGCAGAUGAGCCAUCAUCACAGAAUCAACCGCCGAAUGGUCAGGAAAUGCCAGCUGUUACAACUGUGAACCAGGUUGGUUUGGCAGGGACAAGCUUAGACGAAACAAGUCUAAAAUCUCCUUUGAGUUUAGGGUCUCGGCACAGACACAGAACAUCUCAGGAAAGUCUAUCCAGCGAGAUAAGCUCUGCUCCAGGAAGCGACCUUUUAAGAGGUGUGUCUAUGGAUUUACAUACUGAAAACCCCUUGAUGAGUUCAUCAGGUGCUAAUCCAAGUGGUGAACCUCAUUCGCCAGACGCAGAGUCCUUGAAAGGGGUAGGAACGGUGUUUCCAGCUGACCAGCGAAGCAAGGUCAAGCGAGUGAUGGGUACAUUGCAGAGACGCUUUUUGACUGCGAAAACUGACAUGGAAGAUCUGCUAGGUCGCCUGAGUCAAGAAACUGCUGUUAAAGAAUUCCUUACAACUAAGGUGAGAGACUUAGAAAGUGAGAUUGAUGGAAUGCGACGAAAGAGUCGAGAGGUAUUGCAGCGAGCUGUUUGGGCAGAACGAGAACGCAUGAUCUCUCUGCAAUGGGAGCUAGAUGAUUGUCGUGUGGCUUUGCAGUCAAGCGAAGAGAACGUUCAGUCUUUACAAGCUUCAAAGGGUCAGUUAGAAGAAAAACUUCAAGAAGUUUUGGCUAAGUUUGAAACGAUGGAGAAGGAGUUGGCGGAUGUUAAUCAGCAAUAUCACUCACUUCAACAAGAAGGUGAUUCUGUGGAUGCUCAAGCACGUGCGGAGAAGAAGGUUUUGGCGAAAGAAGUAAAGAAUCUACGAGCUUCACAUAUGGAAAUCAAGCAAGAGGUGAAGCAAGCUAUGCAGGCCAAGGCCUCCUUGGAGGCAAUCCUAAGCGAACAGAAGCAAAAGCAAGAGAAGGCUCAGGUAACACGAGUCAAGUUUGUACGUGAAAUAGCAAUGUUGCAGGCUCGUUUACGGGAAUGCAACAUGGAUGAGCUUUAUAAAAGAAAUGGUUCUCUAGGACGGACCGAGGCUUCAGAUAUGGUGGCUACUUUCGAGAGCCGCAUCAGCCUUCUGAUCGGACAGGCUCAGUUACUUGUACAGGAGGACGAGGAGCUCCGCAAAGCCGACUCAUCAACGCAUUGGCCUUCACCCAGACUACACGAAGAAAGUAAUGGUGAUUCUGGGGUUACCUUCUACACUGACAAAGACUCUGAAGCAGCUUUGCGCAAAAUGUUGAUCGAUGCGUUUAUUGAGCAGGCACAACUUUGCAGGUCUCUGAACUCUUUGACUUGCAACGCUCUCAUGUCUAAAGAAGCUACAUAAUUAGGCCUAACGUAGAGACGCGGGUCCCACAAAAUAGUGCACCAAAUUGCAUAUUUCAAAUGUAACUAAUGUUGUCCUAGAAAAGCUAGCCACACAGUACUUCAUCCUUGAUCAUAUCAUACACUGAUUAAAGCGUAGACCUCAUUCUCGAUGACAUCGAUGACCCGUUUAGUCUGCUUCAUAGUGGAGAUACCGAGGGGUAUCUGCCUUCCGUGCCACCUUUACUUAUUCUCUUAUUUCUAUGCACGAGCUUUUUAUUUUUGUUUUUUUCAUUAACAGGGUUAGGUGAUUUCACUCCACUUGAGGUUUCUGACUUUGGAUCUGUAGAAUAAUAUCUACUGAACUGAAUCACUAUUUAGUUGAUGGAUUCUUCUCAAAAUUAGUGCUCCUCGGUGACACCAACUGUGACACUGCAGCUGGGUGUGCACAAUUUUGAAUAUAGUAUGUGGGGUUUUCUCUACCACAAGCAAAUGGCUCUUUUAUCUAUAUUA